AUGGGGAACCAGCUAGCGGCAGCAACCUCCGUCAAUGUCUCCGAUGUCUCGUCAGUUCUGGCUCUGGUGGCGCCUCUCGGGGGAGAGCACCGUUACUACUUCCGCUCCUUCCAUUGUGCAAAGCUGAUGGACGCGACGAAUGGCGCCACAGAGACGCUCCGCUCGCGUCAUUUUUAUGUUUCUACGACUGAACGCCGCGACACGGGCGCGACAGUGCGCCGCCCAUUCCAGAAAUCAGGUGGCAGAGAUGUUGUUGUGAAGGUCUUUGUACGUACUCUCGGCGACAACCUGCAGAAACAGUUGGUGGAGUUCUGCUACGAUCAUCUGCUAGGACUUCAUGAGCGAAUGACAAACACGCAGGGCGCGGACUUCACAGUCAUGACCAUGACUAGUGGUUAUAAGGAAAAUAAUAGUGCUGAGGGGGGACUUUGUGUUUCACCACCGUGUAACGUGUUGUUCUACUCGCGGAUGGAGGUUCGCAAUGAUAGAUUUUGCAUGCUUGAACGAUCUUAUGUUGCCUACUCGCUGUCAGAGCGACUUGCCACACGACCGUAUUGGAACAUGGGUCAACGCCUCUUUGCUGGGUAUCAGCUCCUUCAAGGCCUCGUGCAGCUACACGAGGGAUGGGAAACCGUCCAUGGCGACUUGAAAACAGAAAAUGUUUUGGUGGACACGUCUGGGUGGCUCUACAUGACAGAUAUUUGCCCUUUCAAGCCCGGACUCCUUCCAGCCAACAACCCAGCCCUGUUUGACUACUACUACGACACGAAUGAGACGCGUAUUUGUUAUUUAGCUCCUGAGAAAUUUAUGGAUGAUACCCUUCCGUUCAACACCUCGAAUCUGAACGCAAAUGGUCAUACAAAGGCGAUGGAUAUUUUUUCGGCGGCAUGCGUCUUGGCACACAUCUUCACAGAGGAACCGCUCUUUUCUCUCUCAGACACCCUUAGUCUCCGUUUGAUGCAAACUCAGCAAGAACGAGAAUUCAUGGUGCAAAAGGUCUUAGCAGAACGUGGCGUUUCCCCCAAUGUAGGCCGCAUGCUUCUUAACAUGUUGUGCAACCUACCAGCCACUCGUCCCACGGCGCGGCAGUUGCUAGAGGCCUUCACCCCGUCGGUGUUUCCCUCAUAUUUUGGUUUUAUCUAUCAUGAAAUUCUUCCACCACUUUUGGCGCGACCACCUGAUCUCCAAGUGCAGUUGCUCCACUCUCGACUGCAAGAUAUUCUUGAGGAGGUGGAACGACACUGUUCUACCACAGACGCCACACAGAGUCACUCGACACUGGUUAAGGAGGCUAAGCAGCUGAGUGUGCAGCUUCUGCUUCCUGUUAUUCUUAAUGCCAGCCUUCACCUCAUUACGGAUGGCACCUUCUGUCGACUCAUUUCUAUUAUUCAGAUGAUUCUUCCACAUUGUUCGUCGGAACUUCAGAAAGACACACUACUCCCUUAUGUUCUUCACUAUGUGAAGAUGGACCGUCGCUGCGUUGUUGCCCGCAUACUUGCUUUGCGGAUCUUGUCUAUGAUAUGUCACUCCAUCCCCUUCUCCGCUAGUGAUGCAACCAUCUUUGACGAUCUCGUCCUGCCAUGUGUGGAACAACUUCUUAAAACAGACACCACCGAUGUGGGUCUGCUUGUGGAAGUUGCAGAUCAGUUGCCCGGAAUUUUAUUGCGGGCUCGUACAUUUUUAGAGCAUCGUCAAUCACUUGCCUCUGCCAAUGCGUGGCAGAGCAGUUUUGGGGAACAGCUCAAUACUCUUCUUGACCGUGGCUGGGAUACACUUCGAUUGCUAUACAAACACCCUAAUACAACGGUCGUUGUUGUGACUCUCCGACGCACGGUGGAUGUGGUGGCCUUCCUCGGAGAAGAAAGGGCACAGGACGACCUCAUUCCGUUUCUCACCACGGUCAUUGCUUCAACCAUUGAUGUGCAAAGAGAAUUGUAUCCACAGGCUAUACUCUGUCAUUUGUACCUGCAGGCACCGAAGCUUAGGACACUGCGUUUUUUUCUGGAAGAGGGAUUGAAACAGACGGAUGUAACGUGUCUGGUGCGGAUCAUUGAGAGUAUCGCCAUCAUUGUUGAGAAAAAGUGUCUUGCGGUGUGGGACACUAUGCCCCUGGUGCAUCAGGUGUUACCGCAUAUUGUAAGCUCCAAUAGAUGGGUAAGUGCAGCAGCAUCUCGCAUGCUUGAAAAGGUGGCUUGUACGCAUCGUGUCAGUGAUGUAUGGAUGUAUUUGACAUGUGCUGUCCUACCUUUACUGCGUCACCCAGUGCCGCUUUCCCAUAUUUCGUUAUUUCCCACCGCUGUGAAGUUGGAAAUGUCUCAUUAUAUUGAUGCUAUGGAGCAGAUGAUGAGGACGAUGAACGCAGAGGCACGCUCCCUGGGCGGGAACACAGAUUCACAUGAACGUGUAUUAUACAGAAGCGCGGGUCAUAUUCUUCCGCAGUAUGAAACACCUUUCGGGAUCGCAAGACGCUCGUUGCGGGGUCUUACCUCACGUGUGGCAUCUGUAGAUGUGACGUUUGACUCAAAUGUGUUUAAACCAGAUGUGGCGGAGGGGAUAUGGCGUGACAGCUGUCAGAAUUUCACGUGGAAUUUUUUUUUUAGACCAACACGGCGCGAGCAGAAGCGGGUGAUUUUGCGGCAGAGAUCACUAGAAGAUGAUGGAGACGCCAGCGUGGCAUUAUCACACGCCCCAGAACGACAGUGUGUUGUCGGUAAUUUGUAUCAAACACGGGGAGUAGAAGAAAAAGGAGAAUCCUCAGUCCCUUCUGUGGCGAACGUCACGUGGAAUGCGAAGGAGCUUAAGCCGAUUGCUUCGCCCUGGUUUACGCAGACAUCCCACUCUGGUGGAAUCUACUGCACCUCCGCGGCAAGAGGCGGGACGUUGGUGACGGCAGGCAGUUGCGGCGAGGCGGUUCUUUGGUCGCUUGGCUUAGAGGGGAUGGACUACUCAUAUCGCAUCCAAACCAACGCCUCUCGCACGAGCACGUUUCUCUUUGCAAACUUCCUGCGGGAGGGGAUGAGUCCACUACUCUACAUGGGAGGCACGGACGGGGAGUGGUGUCUUUUCGAUGUUGCCUGCAAUAACAUCGUCUUGCGGCGUUCUUUGGCUGGGGGCACACUGACGUCCGCCUGUUUACUCGGGGAUUUUGUCACACUUGUGACCGGUGCAUUGGGCGGCGUUUACGUCAUGGACUCUAGGGUGGGAAAGGAAGUUUGGCAGACGACGCUUCCACCUGCAGUUGGCCCACCAAGCGGUGUUUCGCCCCUCUUUCUUGGCUCCCGAGCGUACGGAGCGUCAGUGGUAACACUUACGGGGGGAGUAGCCUUGUUUGAUCUGCGCUUUCAAAUGUUGGUGCAGGAACACCGCCUUGGAAAUGGCGGUGGCUGUGACGAGCACGGUGAAAGCAGCCGAGCGAGCACCCGUGUCAUGGAUAAUCCAAAUGCUAUCCUGUGUGUUUCUCCGGACACUGCAUGCUCGUUUUUGCUAGAAAAUAGCAACCGUCCUGGACUGUUUUUGGGAACAAAGGCGGGUACUGUGCAUUGGAUGGAUCUAUCCACUGGUGAGACUCGAACAGCCCUACAGCCCACCACGAUUGGACAAGCGACGAGGGCGUUGCUGGUGCAACCAAAGCACUCUGUGGUCGUAACCGCGGGAGAUGACAUGUGGAUCCGAAAGUGGUGCCUGGCCGCUCCCAAUCGAUCUAAGACGCUUGUUUGCCCCCCGUUCGUGUCCCCCGUGUACGCUGGGACUAUCAGUGGAGGAAUUGCAGAGACACGGUCGGAGAGACACUUUACGAGUGUGCAGCCUUCCCAUCUCCAUGGGCCGCACUCGACCAAUCAUGGUUGUGUGUCAGGUGGUGUUGUGCCCCGACAACACGAGGAUGCCAUUCUCAGUUUAUGUGUUGUAUCAAACGGCAACGCGUCUUACCUGGCGUCCGGGUCUCGUGAUGGCACAUUGACGGUGUGGCUCAAUACAGAGUAG